UGUGUCUACAUGGGCCGGUGUGCUAAAGCAGAACUACUUACUGUAUGUCCAUUACUACAUCGGAUGUGUGCACUCAGACUCUUCCUGCGUGGCUGCAGAGGAUGUACGGAUGUGUUGACAGACACUCACUUUUCUCCACGAAUACUAAUGCUCUCUCGGGGACCGGAAAGACAACACUGUAACACUGACAGUCGAAAGAAUGAGGGAGGGACGAUUGUUGCAUAUUGAUGCCUUUUCAUAAUGCAUGUGCUAUCUCAGCACUUAUGCGUCGAGGGGUCCGUGUGACUGGAAUAAGAAUCAAGUCGUUGUUUUUUCUUUUUCCAAACGCUAAAAUAAUCAGCAACAGAGGUUUAAAAUAAAAAAUAAAAAAGUAAGAUGUGACGGGAAUAUUAUCUGAAUACGGUGAAAGGAAUUGCUAAUUGUUAAAUACGCAUAUCUGCUUUCUUGCUGAGAGUUGGAUGAGAAGAUUGAUAGACCACUCAGGGUAAAAUAUGAAGCUACAGCCAGGGGGUGGUUAGCUUUGCUUAGCACAAAGGCAGGAAACUGGGGGCGUGGGGGGUGGGGGCAGCUGGCCAGUUUUUUGUAGCUUCUAUUCCUUAGUCAGGGUGUGGAUGAAACGAACAAUAUGGAAUGUGUUGAUUAGUAAACUUCAGAGGUGCUGGCCAAGUCGUGUAUCUGCCACAUGUGCGGCGCCCACCUCAACAGACUCCACUCCUGCCUCUCCUGCGUCUUCUUCGCCUGCUUUGCCAAAAAGCACAUCCACGAACACGCCAAGAGCAAAAGGCACAACCUAGCGAUAGACCUGCUGUAUGGAGGGAUUUACUGCUUCAUGUGCCAAGACUACAUUUAUGACAAAGACAUGGAGCAGAUUGCCAAAGAGGAACAGAGGAAAGCCUGGAAGAUGCAAGGUAUGACACGCACACACACACAGAGACAUACACACCAUGUGAAAGCUGCAUGCUGUCAUAGCCCUUGCUGUGUGCGUGUGUGUGUUCCAGGCACAGGGGAGAAGUACUCAACGUGGGAGCCCACCAAGAGGGAACUGGAGCUGCUCCGCCACAACCCCAAGAGGAGGAGAAUCACCUCCAACUGUACUAUUGGCCUGCGAGGGUUGAUAAACCUGGGCAACACGUGCUUCAUGAACUGCAUCGUCCAGGCGCUGACGCACACGCCGCUGUUGCGUGACUUCUUCCUGUCCGACCGACACAAGUGCGAGAUGCAGAGCAACUCCUGUUUGGUGUGCGAGAUGUCGCAGCUCUUCCAGGAGUUCUACUCAGGCCACCGGUCGCCGCACAUCCCCUUCCGUCUUCUCCAUCUGGUGUGGACCCACGCCCGUCACCUGGCCGGCUACGAGCAGCAGGACGCCCACGAGUUCCUCAUCGCGGCGCUGGAUGUCCUGCACAGACACUGCAAAGACGACAAUGGGAAGAAAGCCAACAACCCCAACCACUGUAACUGCAUCAUCGACCAAAUCUUCACAGGGGGCCUGCAGUCGGACGUCACCUGUCAAGUCUGCCAUGGCGUCUCGACGACCAUAGACCCGUUCUGGGACAUCAGCCUGGACCUGCCGGGCUCCUCCACCCCCUUCUGGCCCCUGAGCCCCGGGGGAGACGGUUCAGCGCUGAACGGGGAGAGUCACGCCACUGGAGCCACCACCCUCACGGACUGCCUGCGCAGGUUCACCAGGCCGGAGCACCUCGGCAGUAGCGCCAAGAUCAAGUGCAGCGGUUGCCACAGUUACCAGGAGUCCACCAAGCAGCUGACCAUGAAGAAGCUGCCCAUCGUGGCCUGCUUUCACGUCAAAAGGUUCGAGCAUUCGGCCAAACUGCGGCGGAAGAUCACAACUUACGUCUCCUUCCCGUUGGAGCUGGACAUGACGCCCUUCAUGGCCUCCAGUAAAGAAAGCAGGAUGAAUGGGCAGUACCAGCAGGCCGUGGACCCCUUCAACAAUGACAACAAGUACAGUCUAUUUGCGGUGGUGAACCACCAGGGGACACUGGAGAGCGGCCACUACACCACCUUCAUCCGCCAACACAAGGACCAGUGGUUCAAAUGCGACGAUGCCAUCAUCACGAAGGCCAGCAUCCAGGACGUCCUGGACAGUGAAGGGUACCUUUUGUUUUAUCACAAACAGUUCCUGGAGUACGAGUAGGGUCCUCCAUCUGCCGGAGAUGACGAGGGGACGGCGCAAAGAAGAGCUGCAUGGGAAAAGUCAACGGAGAGGUGAGAGAGAGAGGCCCACCUGACUCGCCCUGGAGUCGCAGCUCUCACUCCAACAUGGACCCCCCCCUUCAUGCUCAUCCAGUUCCUCCUGUACGACGUUCUUCAAAGGAUCUGUGCGCCGUGCAGGGUGCGUGCAAACGUUCAAGAACAAAACUAAACGCAAGACAUGUACAAGUGGGGUUUUGUUCUGCCGCUAACGGGACGUUGCAAAAAGAGUGUUUCACUUGAAUUCAGGAGGAUGAAGGAGGAGGCCGUAUCCCUCUAUUUCAGAUACAGACUAAAGGGCAGAACGGUUAUUUCCAACCUUACGGUUUAUUCGAUCACGAAUGCCGUUCCAAAUGCACAGCUGCAUGUAGUGAAACCCGGACAUGUGGCGGCGCAGCCGUCUCAACGGGGGCUCGAGGCUCUGCUCGAGCAGGAACUUCUUAUAUAUCAAAGGCGGCAACUUCCUGGAACACAAGCACACUUGUCUGACACACCCACACUCCCGCAAAUGACCAAAUAUUUCAAGGACGGAAGUUGUCUUAUUAUGCAUUUAUGUUCAGAUUGCAAAAAUGGGGAGGGGGGGGGGUUGUUAUGAACAUUGUAUAGAAGACGGACAGUUAAUUCCAUUCAUUACUUCAACAAGAAGAGUGCAAAGGAUCUGUUGUCUUCUGCCUCUCAUGCUGCUUCCAACAGUCAGGGGAAAUAAACUCCACAGCGAAUACUAUAUUUUUAUACAUACUGUAGUUCAAUCGUUUGUUUACGCCAGAGAAGUCUUGCAUUGUUCGACUGUGUGUUUUCUUUGUUCUUCUUUUUUUCUGUUUAAUUUUGACUUACGUAGCGACCUUCUCCACCUUCAAGACACGUUGUGAUGCUGUUUCUGGUCAAUGGCAACAAAAAUGUAAUCAAAGGAGUAUGUGUAACGGGUUCGAAGCUCGAUCCCACAGUGUUAACUGAUGGCCGCAUGUUGCUCUAAGUUGGUGUGUGUGUGUGUGUGUGUGUGUGUGUGUGUUGUGUGUGUGUUGUGUGUGCGUGCAUGUGUAUGUGUAUGUGCCCUCGAAAAAGGGGCAGACAAGAAAAAGUGUAGGUGUGUUUGUAUACAAUGUGAUGUUGCGUGUAACGAGAGGGAAUACAAAAACAAAGUGUGCGCAUGUGUACCAUAUGUCCAUGUACUGAAUCAGUACUUGCAUGCAGAUUGAGCUGGGUAUCAGUUGUUGUUGUUGUUGUUGUUGUUGUUUUUUACCCACAUGUUGAUGACGUAUGUAUAACUGUAUAUAUGUACAGUAUGUAUGUAUGUAUGUAUAAGAGACGAAAUGGUGAAACCUCAAAGUCAUUUUCUUUUUGUUCUUCUAUAUCGCUGGAGCCGACCACAGGUGUCGUAAUCGGAAGAAACUUCCGGUCAGUCAGUCCUCACACACACACACACACACACACACACACACACACACACACAUAGGUAACUGCUGCAGAAACUGGACACGGCGAUGGAAAGACACUCAAAUAAAGAAAAUCUAUAUCUGUAAA